AUGAUGGACAACAGCACGCUCCUGCCGCUGUCCGCCGCUGCGCUGGGCAUUACCUGCCUCGCCACAGUCCCGGGCGCCCUUGCCAUCCUGACUCAAAUCCGCAACCGCACUCCCAAAGACAACUUCUACCAGGACGAAGACGGCACGAGCACGCCCGAGGCGCUCGCUGCCUUCUCCAACAAGGCGCCCAAGACCGCCAUUGUUGUCUUGUCCAUACUCGGCUUCGCCUCCCUCACCGCUGUCUCCAUAUUGACCACCGUUGACUCGAGCCAUCACGGGCUGUUCCUCGAAACCUGGCUGGCCACUGCCUCGUGGGCCGCUGUGCUGCUGCAAGCCAUCUUCCUCGCGGCCCAUCAUUCCCCCGUCCAGGUCCACGACCUCGGUCUCUGGGCCCUUCUCUCAUGCCUCAUCACCCUUCCAGCUACGGUUCUCCAGGCACUCCGUGUUGGUCACGAGCGCAUCUCUCUGACUCUCCGCAUCGUCAAUAUUUGCGCAACUACCCUUCUCCUCAUCGCUUGCAUCUCGAUCCCCCGCCGUCCCCAUGUCUUUCACAAAGGCCGGCAGGUCGAUGCUGAGUGGACCGUCUCGGCCAUCAACAGGUACACGUGGAGUUGGGCUGGCGCGCUCCUCAAAGUUGCCUGUAAGAAAGGGGACCUUGAUGAGAAAGAUAUACCCCGACCCGACCACUUUAUUCGGGCCGAAAACCUCGUCUCGGCGUGGACAAAGGCGAGCCAUCAUGGCAGUCUCCUGCGGUCAGUCCUCCGAGCUUACGGCCGCCGUCUCGCCCUCCAGUGGGCCAUAAUCGUGGGACGAUGUAUUCUGGGCAUUGGUCCCUUCUGGGCCAUGUUGCGGCUGGUCCAGUUGCUCGAGAAAAGGGGUUCGGUUGAAUUGCCAGCUAUGGAGCCCUGGAUCCUUGUGAUCUUCAUGGGAGCUUGCAUCUUGGCUGAUCAGUGGAUGGAUGGCUGGGUCAUCUGGUACGCCAUCACCAGGUUGUGCAUACCCGCUCGAGGCCAGCUCUCGGCCCUUAUCUUCGAAAAGUCCCUGCGGCGCAAAAACGUACGGGCUGCCGAAAAGAGGCAGGACGACAACAAUCCUGAGGAUUCCAACGUCACCAAGUCUCGUCAGGCAGUCGUCAACCUCGUGGGCGUCGAUUCCAAACACGUUGCCGAUUUCCUCGUGAUUCAAUACUACAUCAUCAACAGCGCCGUUAAGCUUGUCAUUUAUUCCGCCUUCCUUGUCCAGCUGAUAGGCUGGGUGCCGUUUGGGGCUGGCAUCCUCGCCUGGGCGCUCGUCCUCCCUGUCAACGCGUGGCUUUCCAAAAUCUACAUGAGGGCAGAGGACACCCUCAUGAAGACUCGCGACAGGAAAUUGGCCGUCGUCAACGAAGCUUUACUGGGGAUGCGCCAGAUCAAGUUUUCUGCGCUCGAGAAACAGUGGGAGGACAAGAUCACCAAGAUGCGUGAGACAGAAAUCGGGGACAUUAGGCGAGUCUUUGCUGCGGACUCGGUCCUAUUCUUCUGCUGGAUAGCGAGCCCCAUUCUCCUGGCUGCGGCAUCGCUAGCCGUCUACGCCUCCGUCCACGGCGCUCUGUCUCCCUCUGUCGCUUUUGUCAGUGUCGGUAUUUUCAAGAGCUUAGAGGUCUCACUGUCGGCUAUCCCGGAGUGCCUUGCGAGCGGACUGGAUACCCUCAUCUCGAUCCGUAGAAUCGAGACCUAUCUGAACGGCCCAGAGAUAGAAAAAACGCUAUCGGAGGGCACUGGCGUUGCCUUUGUGGAUGCUACAGUUGCCUGGCCUGUUGACGAGGAGGUACCGGACGAAGAUCGGUUCAUUCUGAGCAACGUGAACCUGUCAUUCCCUGCUGGAGAGUUGUCCGUCAUCUCUGGUAAGACGGGCACCGGCAAAAGCCUGCUCCUGAGUGCGCUUCUCGGUGAAGCCGACCUGUUGCAGGGAACAAUCCUCAUGCCCUCGACUACACCACCUCUGGAACGGAACGACGAUAUGGCUCAUCCUGGCAACUGGAUUCUCCUUGGCUCUGUGGCCUACGUUGGGCAGAACCCCUGGCUCGAAAGCGCCUCGUUUCGCGACAACAUCCUGUUUGGGCUGCCCUUCUUGGAGGAUAGGUACAACAAGGUCCUUCGAGUUUGUGCUCUCAAGAGAGACCUGGCAAUCUUGACAGAUGGCGACCAGACCGAGCUAGGCGCCAACGGAGUCAACCUCAGUGGUGGUCAGAAAUGGCGUGUAACCCUGGCCCGCGCCAUUUAUUCUCGGGCAGAGAUACUCAUCAUGGACGACAUCUUCAGCGCCGUCGAUGCUCAUGUUGGCCGUCAAAUCUUCGAAAUGUGUGUGACAGGCGACGUGUGCAAAGGCAGGACCAGAAUCCUCGUCACUCAUCACGUCGCCCUGGUCCAGUCCGAGGCCAAAUAUCUCGUCGAGUUGGGAGAGGGCACGGUGUCGCAUCACGGUCUCACGUCGGACCUUGCCGAUGACGGCACUCUGCAGACCAUCAAGCUCCACGAGCAACCCCGGAAGGAGAUUGAUGUAGAAGAGACCACGGACAAUUGGGAGGCUGGACGAUCCGAAGAGACGUCGCCUACGGUUUCGUCCAAGGGGGCCAAGCAGUUCGUGGCAGAAGAAACCCACGAGAAAGGCAUGGUGAAAAGACACGUCUACGCAACAUACAUGAAGAGCAGCGGCGGCUUUUUUUUCUGGAUCGUGUGUGCGGUUCUCUAUGUCACCUUCGAGGCCGGUAACUUGGGACGUAACUGGUGGCUGCGAAAAUGGACCGACGAACCUCGCGAGCAACAUGCCUCAACCAGCCCGGCCCAUGAGCACGGCAUGGCUUACGGUCUAUCUUUGCAGCACAGCACGCAGCACGCCGCUUCGCAUGCGCACCCAGCCGAAGCCGCCCACAAGCCUCUGUCCUUUUAUCUAUCCGUCUAUGUCGCCUUGGCGGCCGGAAGCGCCAUCAUCGGAACAUUUCGCUUCUUGUGGUCGUUUGUCAUGAGCCUCCAGGCCAGCAGAGCGCUGUUCAAGAGAAUACUAUUCACCGUAAUGCGGACCAAACUCCGAUGGAUUGACACGGUUCCGGUCGGGCGUAUCCUCAACCGACUGACGGCCGACUUUGAAGUUAUCGACAACCGCAUCACCAUAGACUUGGGUUUUCUCUUCUGGCGACUGCUGGGCCUUCUCGGUGUUUGCGUCGCUGCACUGCUCGUUUCCAUAUAUAUCCUUCCCUUGGCUGUCAUCCUUAUAUUGAUAUCCGGCGUUGUCGGAAAAAGAUUCUUGGAUGGGGCGAGACCGGUCAAACGCCUUGAAAGCACUGCCAAGUCGCCUGUUUUCGAACUGUUCAACGCGGCGCUCGCCGGCGUGCCGCUGCUCCGAGCGUAUCAGAAGACACAUGUUUAUGUCGAACGCAUGUAUGGCCUCCUCGAUGUCUGGGAUUCCCUCAGCGUAUAUGUCUGGACGCUGAAUCGGUGGCUUGGCUUCCGCAUGGCGCUCCUUGGCACCCUCUUCACUACACUUGUCGGUGCCAUCGUGGUCGGCUCCUCCUUUGUGGAUGCGGCCAUGGCAGGCUUUACCCUGUCAUUCGCCCUCGACUUUUCUGGAAACAUGCUCAUGGCGAUUCGAGGGUAUGCGUCUUUGGAGCUGGACAUGAAUGCAGCUGAGCGCGUGAUUGAAUAUACCGCGUUGGACACGGAAGAUCUCGCCGGUGAAGAGCCUCCUGCUGCCUGGCCAACUUCAGGGCAGAUAGAAGUCAAAGACCUGGUGGCUGGUUACGCGGAUGAUCUGCCACCAAUACUCAAGGGCAUCUCGUUCAAGAUCCUCAAUAACGAGAGGAUCGGGGUCAUUGGGCGAACCGGAGCCGGCAAGUCAUCUCUAACGCUGGCUCUUUUCCGAUUCAUUGAGGCCCGAUCGGGAACAGUCUUUAUUGAUGGACUGGACAUCUCCAAGAUCAAUCUUCACAGCUUGCGAUCCCGCCUGGCCAUCAUCCCCCAGGAUCCCGUUCUCUUCUCUGGUACAAUUCGGAGCAAUUUGGAUCCGUUCAACGACCACACUGACGAGGAGCUGCGUGAUUGCCUUGCUCGAGUGCACCUGAACCUCAACAUCUUCCGCGAUCUCUACAGUGGUAUCUCGGAAUCGGGCGGAAACUUGUCUCAGGGCCAACGCCAGCUUCUGUGCAUUGCCCGGGCAAUCGUCUCACGCCCCAAAAUCAUGGUGCUCGAUGAGGCCACGUCUGCCGUUGACAUGUCCACGGAUACGCUCAUCCAACGCAGUAUCCGCGAGGAGUUUGUCGACAGCACCCUCAUGGUCAUUGCACAUCGCCUCAGUACCAUUGCCGAUUUUGAUCGCAUUCUCGUCCUUAGUGAUGGCAGCGUGGCCGAAUUUGGUACGCCUCGUGAGCUGUGGGACAAAGAGAGUGGCGUGUUCAGGGCCAUGUGCGAGCACAGUGGGGAAAAGGAAAAGCUGAGAGAGGUCAUUGUCGGCAACCGAGAAUGA